GCGCGCGCGGGAGCGGCGCGGUGGGGAACGCGGCUCCCAGCUUCCUGCAGCCGGCCCUGAAGCAUGGCUGCCAUGUUGGGGGAUGCCAUCAUGGUGGCCAAAGGCCUGGCCAAGCUGACCCAGGCCACCGUGGAAACCCACCUGCAGCACUUGGGCCUUGGCAGGGAGCUCUUUCUGGUGGCCAGGGCCCUGCAGUCCACGGCGAUAGAGCAGAUCGGCAUGGUCUGGGGAACAGUGCAGGGUCAGGAUAAGCAUGAAGAACCUUACACUGAGGGCUUCAAGGAUCCAGAAGCAGAGUUCCACUUCUCAAGCCCCGGGGCCCCGGGAGCCGCUGAAGAUUUCUCUGCAACAGCCUCCUCUGACCAGUCACCGCCUCCACCUGCGAAUGUCACUGACAGCCAGGGCCCGGCUCCUACCUAUGUUGCCAGUGGACCCUUCAGGGAAGCCGGGCUCCCGGGCCAGGCCACCUCUCCUCUGGGCAGGGUGAAUAGGAGGCUCUUCAUAGACCCCAGGGACCCCUUCUUGGUCACAGGCUUUCAGAGAAGAUUCUUCCACCAGGACCAGUCUCCCGUAGGGGGUCUGACGGCUGAGGACAUUGAGAAGGCCCGGCAAACCAAGGCUCGCCCCGAGGGCAAGCCCCAUAAGCAGAUGCUCAGUGAGCGGGCUCGGGAGCGGAAGGUGCCAGUUACGAGGAUUGGGCGGCUGGCUAACUUUGGAGGUCUGGCCGUGGGUCUGGGCUUUGGGGCACUGGCUGAAGUCGCCAAGAAGAGCCUCCGCCCCGAGAACUCCACAGGGAAGAAGGCCCUGCUGGAUUCCAGCCCCUUCCUGUCCGAGGCGAACGCGGAGCGCAUCGUGAGCACACUGUGCAAGGUGCGCGGGGCAGCGCUCAAACUGGGCCAGAUGCUGAGCAUCCAGGAUGACGCUUUCAUCAACCCCCACCUGGCCAAGAUCUUCGAGCGGGUGAGGCAGAGCGCCGACUUCAUGCCGCUGAAACAGAUGACGAAAACUCUCAACAACGACCUGGGCCCCAACUGGAGGGACAAGCUGGAGUACUUUGAGGAGCGGCCGUUUGCUGCAGCCUCCAUCGGGCAGGUGCACUUGGCCCGCAUGAAGGGCGGCCGCGAGGUGGCCAUGAAGAUUCAGUACCCUGGUGUGGCCCAGAGCAUCAGCAGUGAUGUCAACAACCUCAUGGCCGUGCUGAACAUGAGCAACGUGCUCCCGGAAGGCCUGUUCCCCGAGCAUCUGAUCGAUGUGCUGAGGCGGGAGCUGGCCCUGGAGUGCGACUACCAGCGAGAGGCCGCCUGUGCCCGCAAGUUCAGGGAGCUGCUGAAGGACCACCCCUUCUUCUAUGUGCCUGAGAUCGUGGAUGAGCUCUGCAGCCCCCAUGUGCUGACCACAGAGCUGAUUUCGGGCUUCCCCCUGGACCAGGCGGAGGACCUGAGCCAGGAGAUCCGCAAUGAGAUCUGCUACAACAUCCUGGUCCUGUGCCUGCGGGAGCUGUUCGAGUUCCACUUCAUGCAGACGGACCCCAACUGGUCCAACUUCUUUUAUGACCCUCAGCUGCACAAGGUGGCUCUUCUGGACUUCGGGGCAUCUCGGGAAUUUGACAGAUCAUUCACCGACCUGUACAUUCAGAUCAUCAGGGCCGCUGCGGACAGGGACAGGGAAGCAGUGCUGAAGAAAUCCAUAGAGAUGAAGUUCCUCACUGGCUACGAGGUCAAGGCCAUGGAGGACGCCCACUUGGAUGCCAUCCUCAUCCUGGGCGAGGCCUUUGCCUCUGAGGAGCCCUUUGACUUCGGCACCCAGAGCACCACCGAGAAGAUCCACAACCUGAUCCCCAUCAUGCUGAAGCACCGCCUCAUCCCUCCUCCCGAGGAGACCUACUCCCUGCACAGGAAGAUGGGGGGCUCCUUCCUCAUCUGCUCCAAGCUGAAGGCCCGGUUCCCCUGUAAAGCCAUGUUCGAGGAGGCCUAUAGCAACUACUGCCGCAGGCAGGCGGAGCAGCAGUAGCCUGGGCUUCGCCGCGGAAACCUCCCUCCGCAGACGCAGACGCGAGCUCCUGGAGGUGGGGCCCAGAGGCGCCUGCUGAACUCCUGCGCCGCUGGAGGGUGGCUGCCCGGAGGGCAGGGGAGGCUGCUGGGCCCCACUGCCAGGCGCGUACUGGGUGUUUAUUGCUGGGUGGGUGUGGGCUGAGAAGGCCGGGAAUGAAAAGGACACCCAGCCACGUUGUCAUGAUCUGCUGCUUCAGGCGUCCUGAACUCACGCUAGAGAAAAAGGCAAUAUUAGUUUCUUUUUGUAAUAGGGUUUCUUCCCCUAAUGUGAACGUUGACUUUACCAAAAGAUGAGCUAGACACUUGGAAAACCCGCCACCAAAGAAACAAAACCAAAAAAAAAAAAAAAAAAAAAAACCCCAAAAAAACCCAACAGAGCUUUUUUUGGACUUUAUUGACGAUGUUGUAGAAGACGUGUGUGUGUGUUUCUAGAAUGAGAUUUGCGGUUUCUGCCCUUUUCCUUUCCAGCCUGUGGUCUGGAACUGGGAGAAGUGCUGCUCCGAGCAGUGCCAACAAGUACUAUUGAACCAGGGGAAGCUUUUUUGACAAAGGGAAGGUUCCAGAGAACUGCCGCAUGCCAUGGGCAGGUCAGGAGCAGAAAUGGAGAAAGCCAGGCGGCUCUCCUCGCUGCAAGGUGUGUGUGAGCGGCCUUCCCGCUCCAGGCUCAGGCCUUUGUGGAGGGAGAGGAACGGGCAGGUAGUUAGCUCUGUUAAUUUUUGUACAAUUCUUGUAAUUGUCUGAUUUAUUUGUUAAAUUAAAAACAAACCAACCAACCUACCUCCCGGCAUUGCAGUGAUCAUUCUU